UCCAUCAUUGGGUUCCUGCACUUACUCGCACUCGCACCGACAAUUAUGAACAUAGCAAGACGUAGUCUCGCAUUGUGCGCGCGACACGCUGAUAGUCUACGUAGGGCGUCUCUAACACAUAGCAUUUCCAGGCUACAAAUUCGGCUUUCUCAUGCUGCAGCCGUCGCGCCAACAUGGAGACCGUCUUCGGCCCUCGACGAAUGGGUGCAGCGCGAAGCCAGGCCCAUAAGCUUGCGACAAUUGACUUUCUUUGGUAGGACCCUGACUGAGUCUCGUCUCAUCGACUCGGCCAACUAUUGCCGUUUAGAACUUCCUACAAGGCUUGCACAUCGUUUGCGUGAUAUUCAGACCCUACCAUAUGUCGUUGUUGCGAAUCCCCAUCUUGCCCAUGUCUACGAGUCAUACCUGCGAGCCUUCGAACGCUUCCGUCGCAUACCCGAGAUAAAGUCGCUAGACGACAACGAGAAAUACUGCAAGGUGCUGGAAGAGACGUUGACCGAGCAUGCGUCCGUCAUACCCCGUCUUGCUAUUGGCGUGCUUGAGGUUCGAGGCCUAAUGAAGGCUGAAGAGACGGACAAGUUCAUGACCACCAUGUUACGAUCGCGCAUCUCGCGACGCGUCAUUGCAGAACAGCAUCUAGCGCUUACCGAGACCUUCGAUUCGCCAUGGCAUUUCCCUCAGGCUGAGAUCCAUCCUCAUGACCAGGAGGCAGUUGGCGAGAUAUUCUUGCGGUGCAACGCGAAAGACAUAGUCGAAGAUUGCGGUAAGACAAUGCAGGAGCUGAUCAAGCGCACCUAUGGCUCGCAUGUCGACAUUCCAGAGAUCAAAGUUUACGGCCACAUCGACGCGACGUUUCCCUACAUUCUGAGUCACCUUGAAUACAUCAUUGGCGAGCUUUUGCGAAACUCCAUUCAAGCUGUCAUCGAGCAGCGCAAGUCGAGAGAUGCCAAGCUGCCACCCAUCGAAGUGCUGAUAUGCGAAACCUCGCAACACGUCAUUAUCAGAAUAUCCGACCAGGGCGGUGGUAUUUCAAACGAAGUCUUGCCGUACUUGUGGAGCUUCAGCAAGGGUCCCCGCCGUGAGAAAAGGUUGGAAAAUCUGGCAAGAGUACCAAAAUUGCUAGGGACGUUGCAAGAGCUGCAGGUGCCCGGUGGUGAAUCUGCAGCACAGGUGCAACAACGCCUAGAUAGCAGGUCAAAGUACGGCGAUUCGGGCUUACAUCACGGCUCGCUAUCCUCGUUGACUAGCCGUGCGCCGAACCUGCGCCUAGGUAUUGGACUUCCCAUGUCGCGUCUAUAUGCCGAAUAUUGGGCUGGCAGUCUCGAGAUUCACAGCUUGGAAGGCUAUGGAGUCGAUGCCUUCCUCCAGAUAUCGAAGCUUGGCAACAAGAAUGAGCGACUCACCACGCGGGCCUCCAUGGAUGCCAUAUAG